CUGUGGCAGGCAGGCAGAGAGUUAAAGAUCUCCAUUGUCCGUAUGCCAGUACAGUUUGGGGUUUGUGUAAAACUUGGUGAUAUGUAGGUCAGCUUGCAACAUAAAACUGUACUGGAUUACUGCAUAACUCUGCAGAAUCCAGUGCUGAAGGAUUCACUUUCUAUCACUAGAGGAAAUAACAAUUCUUUAGUACGUAUGUUCCUGUGCGACUGAGCAGCUGUAACGCUGGUAUAUUUAGCCCUUGCAGAGCUUGUGGUAAGUAGGGUGUUGCCUAAAUACAAUUAGCCGGUCAGAUGACGCGAUCCCUGCUCUGGUGGCUUGCGAAGUGUAGAAAGCCUAUUGCAUUCAAUAAAACUAAAAAAAUGAGGUUGUUUUAGAAGAAAUAGGAGAAAGGGGCACUUGAAAGCCUUUGAGUGAAUUCAGCCCUGACUAAGAAGGGAAUCAUGGCUUACAGAAGAACAGCAGAUUUCCCAGAAACGAGAAGGAUGACAUCUUUCAGUGUCUGCGUAUGCCACAGCAGCUCAGGAAGGUUUCACAUAUGGUUACGUGAGGCAGCGCUGUUAUCUCCGAGAAUCUUGGCAUGCACUGUGUAGUGCACAUCCAUUAAAGUACCUCUUUCAUUUUGCACUACUUGUUUUUUUCCUUCUUCUUAGCGAUCUAAGGCAGUCGGAAUUUUUCAACUGUGUUCUUUCCAUAGUGCGUUUAAUGAGAGCUGGCUCUGCCCUUCCUGCUUUUAUUAGCAGUGCUGCAGGAUGCAUCUCUUGCAAGGCUGAAAUGGCUGGGAGGAUUCAUGCCUUCUCUGCAUGCCGUGCUGCUGUCAGCAUGUAAAUACCCCGUCUGACAUGGUGCACACAGUAUCUAAACAUUGCAUCAUCAUUUUACAGCCUGUAUUUUGAUCAAGAUCUCAUGAAAAACACAGCCUAAAAAGCCAUCGAGACCAUAUUGCAACCAGAUGGUAUUAACCUUGCUUUUUAUCUCGUGUUAUAUUUACCCAGUUAAAUAAUGUAUGCUGUAUUGUUAAUUAAUGUGAAUAUCAAAUUAAACAGCUUGAAAACUAAUAUGCUAGCCAUUCAGGUAGGAGGAACGGAAAAAAUCUAUUUUUAACUCUUGCGUAGCUCUAUAGCUUGGCUGGCUUGCGGAAAACGUUGGACCUCCAGGGGAUGUGAGAAGUGGCCCUUUGCAGUGGUCAGUCUGCGACCCUUUACAAAAUAAGCUGCAGAUCUGUGGGCUGCAUAAUGGAGAAAACCCGGAUGUGGAUUAUUAUUGUUGCCACAAUCCGUUCCCUGAUGGCAAAUCCAUUUCUCAUGAAUACCAUCCAUCCGAGCUGCUUUUCAGCUGAUUUUACCAACGACAGCUUCUCAGAACCAUGAAGCGAGGACCGAAUUUAAUGGUUUAUUUUUACCUCCGACUGCGCAACAUACGGAACGAUUGACUGUAUAUUCUAAGUUAACACUUCCAUAAAUGAUUCGUACAGGAGAGCAUAUUUGCCAGUUGCGAAAUCCAGCAGUAUAACAGGGUUCUGAAUCUGGUAUUCCAGGCUGCCAAAUUAGUCAAUAAAAAAGAUCAAAAUGUGUAGCUCAGAAGACAUAGUGGACUGCUAUCACAGCGACACAUUGCUCUGCCGUUUAAAUGAGCAACGCAUGCAGGGAACCCUAUGUGAUGUCACCAUUGUGGUUGAAGACACUAAGUUCAAAGCACACAGGAAUAUCCUGGCAGCAUCCAGUUUGUAUUUCAGAAAACAGUUUCUGAGUCAAAGCAUUUUAAUCCAGGGACAUGUAUUGGAACUUACAGACUUCAAAGCAGACACAUUUACAGAAAUACUGAAUUAUAUUUAUAGUUCUAAGAUUGCAGUAAAGCGAAAAGGAGCACUACGAGAUAUUGCAGAUGCUGGGAAAAAACUGGGAAUAACGUUUUUAGAAAACAUAAAGAAUGCUAAUUCGAGCUGCAAAAGAUCUUCAUUGCCUUCUGCUGUCUGCUCCUCACAAGCAGACAAUAGGCUGCCACUUACAUUGUAUCGGGAUGACACUGGUCUGAAAUCAGAGGCUGUGGAAAAGAAAGGAGACGAUCCAGCCAUUGCCAAUGGACCUAGAAUUACCAAUGCAUUUUCCAUUCUAGAAACGGAAGUUUGUGGUUUUUCUCCACUGGAUCUGAGAGCAAAUUUUAAAAAGACAACAGACUCCACACAAGAAAUCAAUAGUAAAGAUCAUUGUGAGAAUGGAGUAUGCAAUGAUGGUGAACCAGUAAAUACUCUGGCUGAACACUCUUACGCUGUAUCUUCAGGGGAUCUUCUUUAUAAAAGGGAUUCUGUAUUUGACCAUGGAAACAGGCUUAAUCAUUCAAGGACUGAAGAAAGAUCAAUGCCUUGUAUUGUACCUACAAUCCAAGAGGCAGUACCAGCUAGUAGCAUGCCGGUGCUUGAACCCCAGUGUGUUAUCCCAAAGACUACAACACAAAGCUGUAACGCUAACAAUGUAAACAGCUUGAAUUGCCCUGGUGUCAAGGAUCAAGAAAGUACUCCUUCAGAUUUAUACAAAGACAAUGAAAAUGGAGUGGUACAGCUUCCUCCAAAUAACUCACCUGCCAAACAGUCCUUCCAUGAUCCAGCUUUGUCAUAUUCACUCCCUAAAAAACGCCAAGAGACGUUUAACUGUAAAAACUGCAGCAAAGAGUUUGCGCAUUUGAAACGACUGCAGAGACAUGAACAGAUAUGCUUUAAGAUGGUGCACAAUGACAAAGAUACUAAGAUAACAGGCAGUCUUUCAGGGGAUAAUACUUUAGAAAAAUCAAGUACUUCUUCAGGUCCAAUAUCUGACCAAAAUUCUCUUCCAAAUAUUACCACUCCUGGAUCAGACCAUUUUGUAAAGAUAGUAGAUGGUAAGAUUUUUUAUGUGUGCAUUGUUUGCAAGCGGAACUAUGUUACUCUUUCAAGUCUUCGAAGACAUUCAAAUGUCCAUUCAUGGAGGAAAUCAUAUCCCUGUCAUUACUGCAACAAAGUCUUUGCCUUAGCUGAGUAUCGUACUAAACAUGAAAUCUGGCACACAGGUGACAGGCGAUAUCAGUGUAUAUUUUGCUUAGAAACAUUCAUGACUUAUUACAUACUUAAAAAUCAUCAAAAAUCUUCCCAUGGAAUUGACCCAAGAAUGGGAGUGGUCAACAAAACUGCCAAUAGAGGGCUAAAACCUAGCAUUUAUCCAUACAAGCUUUAUAGACUUUUGCCUAUGAAAAAUAAAAGAAUGCCCUUAAAAACUCCUGGAAAUGACACCCCAGCAGGAAUACAUUUCCAAGGUCACAGCUCCUUUAACACAGCAACCAUUGUUCAGAAUUCAUUAGUUUCUCAGCCCUUUAGUUUGGAAAGCCAGGAGAGUUUGCCUUGCUCUUCUGAUACACCACAAAAUAUUUCAGGCUCAAACAUAAAUCAGGAUACUUGGCCAUUUGAUGUUUCACAGUCUGAUAACAAUAUAAAUGCACUGCCUGAAAAGAAAGAUAAUUCUCCUCUGCAUAAUUCCAACUCAGCUCCUACAGGGUGUAAUACUUUAGUCAGUUCUUUGAGUAAUGAAACCCAAAAUAUGCCCUCUGUUAUUAACUGUACCAGCUCUGCACCUUCUGUGAUUAUGCACAGCAGUAGAACAUCUUCUGUAAUAAUGCAUGGAAAUUCAGUAACAGCAACAAAUGGGGUAAAUUGGUACCAUGGAAGAACCAUUGUGUCCCCAAAGAGGGAUUGUAGUUCUCAAGACCCUGGCAAAGGUGUAGUAGAUUCACAAUCCAUGAAAGAGAUGAGUUCUGACGAGAGCAAAGUUAGAGAUGUUCAACAGGAAGGACUAGGCUUAUUUAGUCCUGUCCCUUCAAAGAAAAAGAAAAGUGUAAUCAAACAUGGAAAUAAAACAGAAACAUACAUAGCCAAACCAGCCUUGCCUGGAACUCUAGUGAACAGUGGAAUUGCUCCUCUUUGCAAGAUCACUGUAAAGAUUGGUAGUGAAGCUUUGGUAAAACGUCAGAUCUCUGGGUCAUCGUUGUUUUUUAGAAAAAGUGUAAGACCAAAACAUUCAAGGUCAAGAGCAGACAAAUCAAAUCAAGAUUCUGAAGAAGAGAGGAAAGAAAGAAGCUCCAUUCGACUUCGAAAAUCAGAAUCUGCAAAGAUGGAAGAAAUGUGUGAUGAUCCUAGUGACCAAGAUAUUUCUGACAAGCCAUGGCGGCCAUAUUACAACUAUAAGCCCAAGAAAAAAUCCAAGCACUUUAAGAAAUUUAGGAAACUAAAGAAAAGGAAGAAACACAGCAAUAAGAGGUCAGAUGUGGAAAAUAAUGAAGAAGCAGACACUAAAGAUAUAUCGAGGAAUGUAACUGAAGAGACUGAAAAUGGCAAGGAAGAAAAUCUACAGACAGCUGAGUAUACUGAAAAUUCAGCUGCAGAAGACAUUGAUGUCUCUGACUGGCAGUUAGCCUCUAAGCCUUGUUUCUGUGAACUUUGUCAAAAGUCUUUUCGGAAUCCAUCAACUUUAAAGGUUCACAUGCGUUGUCACACAGGAGAGAAGCCCUACCCAUGCAAAACCUGUGGAAAGUGCUUCUCAUUCCCGGGAAAUCUAAAUAAACACGAGCGCAUUCAUAUGGGUGUGAAAAACUUUAUGUGUCAAUUUUGUAGUAAGUCAUUUAUGUUAAAUGAAACCCUAAAAAAGCAUGAGAGGAUCCAUACAGGAGAGAAAUUGUAUGGCUGCCAGUUCUGCCCACAGCAAUUCCUGUAUCUCUGCACAAAAAAUAACCAUGAGCAAAGACAUCAAACAGAACGCAGUGUUAAAGGUUUUGUUUGUAUCCAAUGCUCCAAAAUUUGCAAGACUGCAGCAGCUCUAGGAAUGCACCAAAAGAAACAUUAUCUGAGGAGUCUAAAGCAAAGGGAAAGGAAGGAAAUUGCAGCAACAGAGAGCUGGGAGGCAUCUACGAGCACUGCAUGCAAAAUGAUGGAUUUAACAAACACUAGUGGAGUCACAGAUGUGCCUGAAAGUGUUCCUGUUUCCUUUGCAGACAGUGAAACUCCAUUAUUAUCAUUUGACAGUGGCUUUAGAGACAAUUCCCCCCAAAAUGUAGGCACCAGUCAUGUUGCUGAGGGUUUGGCACCAGAAGAGCUGCCUGAAAGCAGACUUGGGACUGCGUCAGCACUGCCACCAGUUGGUGAGCAUGGCACUGUCUUAAUGGAGGUUCCAAAAAGCUGGAAGCACUGGAAAACACGACACUAUAGUUUAGAGGACGGUAUGAACUCUGAUAAUUCUUCCACAAGAGAGUGCACAAAGACUUUUACUGAAUUAAAGACAAUGUCGAGCUUCGACCCCUUUGUCCCUUAAGGUGGUGAAACACUUUGAACCAAACCAGAUACGUGAGUUGUAGGAUAUACAGCUACACAUUUGUUAACCUGUUUUUGCCAGUUGCUUCCCUUGGGCAUCAGCCAAGUCUGUAAUGUAUUGUAAAACAGUGCUUUAAAAUACAAGGAUAUUAAGCAUAUCAUAUCAUUAGA